AUGCCUACGCCAGUUGAAAAUUUGUGGAUGUCAUCAGAAAUAACUUACCGAGAAAAGUGGAAUUUUCCAAAUGCUGUUGCGGCUCUUGACGGUAAACAUAUAUUAUUUCAAGCUCCGGCUCACAGUGGCUCUAUGUAUUAUUGCUACAAAAAAUACUUUAGUACUGUGUUACUGGCAUUGGUAGACGCAAAUUACAAAUUUAUUGCUAUAGAUGUUGGCGCUUAUGGUAAGAAUUCAGAUGCCAACAUAUUCAAAAAUUCUAAUUUGGGAAAAUGUCUAAGCGACGAAAGCUUAAACAUGCCUCCACCAAAAGCACUUCCAGGAGGAAACACAGUCGUACCACAUGUAAUCAUUGCAGACGAAGCAUUUGGCUUGAGUACGUAUUUAAUGAGACCUUAUUCACGUGACGACAUCAGAGGAGAUGAAGGAAAGAAAAUAUUUAACUACCGCCUCAGCCGGGCACGAAAUACAGUUGAAGAUACCUUUGGAAUAUUAGUGAAAAAAUUUAGAUUAUUUGAACGGAGAUUACUUAUGAGUCAUGAUCAUACUGUCACAGUCGUAUCGGCAAUAUGUUGCUUACAUAACUUUUUACGUGAUGAUACAUGCUAUUGGUCAGAAAGAGAUCAAACGAUUACGUUGAGAGACAUGAAUGCACUGGAAAAUUUCAGAGGAUUUGGAGGAAAUUCAACCUCUGAUGCCUUGGCAGUAAGAAAUGCCUUUAAAGAAUAUUUUUCUUCGGAAAGCGGAGCAAUUCCGUGGCAAAGACGCAGAGUGCGCGCUGGAAGGCUGUCACAGUGA